UAGGGGAUGGAAUUGAGACUAUGAGGCGAAGCGAGGGCCUGCCCUUAAUGGGCCUAGGUGUGAAAUUGGUACCAGACCAUGUGGGCCGGGAGGCUGACAGCAAGCUGACCAGAUAUGCGACGACGGAGGAGGACGAGGCCACUCUGAGGGAGCUACUACUUAGCCUGCAACGUCAGGUCAGCGUGAUGAGCAUGAACCUCUCACAAAAGCUGGACGACCUGCAGCGAGGCGACCGGCAGCUGGAGACCACGGUGGCCCUCUGCGAGAUCAGAACUCAGCUGCAGGAGCUCACCAAGAGCGUGGAGUCAUGCCAGAGCGAGGUCUCCGAGGUGAAACGUGACAUGGUCGCCAUAAAGCAAGAGCUGGACACAGUGCAGCAGGUGAAGGAGGAGAUCGAGGAGUUGCGCGAGUACGUGGACCGGCUGGAGGAACACUCGCAGAGGCGGAAGCUGCGGCUGCUGGAACAGGGUUUGACUUUCUUCCUUUCCUACGCCAUCUUGGCCGCCGUGCUCGGCAUGCUCCAGUUCGGAUACAACACUGGCGUCAUCAACGCUCCUGGCCGGAAUAUCGAAAACUUCAUGAAAGACGUUUACAAAGAUCGCUACGGGCGAGACAUCACCGAGGAGACGGUCAAGCGGCUCUACUCUAUAGCGGUCAGCAUUUUCGCCAUCGGCGGCAUGCUAGGCGGGUUCUCUGGUGGCAUGAUUGCGAAUCGCUUUGGACGGAAGGGCGGCCUGCUCCUCAACAACAUCCUAGGCAUCAGCGGCGCCAGUCUCAUGGGCUUCACCAAGAUCUCACACUGCUACGAGAUGCUUUUCUUCGGAAGGUUCAUCAUCGGAGUCAACUGUGGACUAAACACUUCCCUUGUGCCAAUGUACAUAUCCGAGAUCGCUCCCCUGAAUCUGCGAGGUGGCCUCGGCACCGUGAACCAGCUCGCCGUGACCGUCGGCCUGCUGCUCUCCCAGGUGCUGGGCAUCGAGCAGAUCCUUGGCACGGACGAUGGCUGGCCUAUUCUCCUUGGUCUCGCAAUAUGCCCUGCCAUACUCCAACUACUGCUUCUGCCGGCCUGCCCUGAGUCACCGAGAUACCUGCUCAUCACGAGACAAUGGGAAGAGGAGGCCCGUCGCGCCUUGAGGCGGUUGCGGGCUAGCAACCAGGUAGAAGAAGACAUCGAAGAAAUGAGGGCCGAAGAGCGAGCGCAGCAGGCGGAGGCUUCCAUUUCGAUGCGGGAGCUACUGUGCUCUCCAACUCUUCGGGCGCCCUUGCUCAUUGGCGUGGUGAUGCAGCUGUCUCAGCAGCUGAGUGGUAUCAACGCGGUGUUCUACUACUCAACGUCGCUGUUCACCUCCUCGGGACUCACGGAAGAGGCGGCCAAAUUCGCCACCAUGGGCAUCGGCGCUAUUAUGGUCGGCAUGACCCUUGUAUCACUGCCACUUAUGGAUCGCACUGGAAGAAGGACCCUCCACUUGUACGGGCUCGGCGGCAUGUUCAUCUUUUCAAUCUUCAUUACAAUUUCAUUUUUAAUAAAGGAAAUGAUUGACUGGAUGAGUUACCUGUCGGUGGUGUCUACGCUGAGUUUCGUGGUGUUCUUUGCGGUGGGGCCAGGGUCUAUUCCGUGGCUCAUCACCGCGGAGCUAUUCUCUCAGGGACCGCGGCCGAGUGCUAUGGCUAUCGCUGUGUUGGUCAAUUGGAUGGCCAACUUUGUUGUCGGCAUCGGGUUCCCUAGCAUGAAGGCUCUACUGGAAAACUAUACAUUCCUGCCUUUUAGUGUAUUCCUUGCAAUUUUUUGGAUAUUUACGUAUAAAAAAGUUCCUGAGACGAAAAAUAAGACGUUUGAAGAAAUUUUGGCCCUCUUUAGAAACUCCAACGGGAGGUGA